CUUCACGGCUGCAGUCAGCAUCGGGAUCACCUCGCUUCGGAGCCGACUCGGAGCAAUCGACUCUCUCUCGGAGCAAUGAUGAUGCUGCGCGCGAAGGGGGCGCUGUCGAGGGCAUGCCAGAGGUCUUCUUGUGUCGGGGGGCUAAGACUCGCGGCGUUGUCGUCGUCGUCGUCGUCGUCGAACGCCAAGUUUGACAACGUCCUCGUGGAGAGGAGGGAGAGAGUGGGCAUAGUUACCUUCAACCGUCCAAAGGCGCUGAACGCGCUGAACAGUGGGCUGAUACAGGACAUUUGUUCCGCCGCGGAAGCCUUCGAGGGAGACCCCGAGGUCGGAGCUAUUGUCUUGACCGGCAGCGAUCGGGCCUUCGCUGCGGGCGCGGACAUCAAGGAGAUGGCAAGCCUGACGUUCUCCGAGGCGUACGGAGAAAACCGCUUCAAGGAGUUCGCGAGGCUGACCAGCAUAAGAAAGCCGAUCAUCGCGGCGGUGAACGGGUACGCGUUAGGCGGAGGCUGCGAGCUGGCGAUGAUGUGCGACAUCAUCUUGGCGGGAGAGAAGGCCAUGUUCGGCCAGCCCGAGAUCACCCUCGGCGUGAUUCCUGGCUGGGGGGGCACCCAGCGGCUGAUCCGGGCGGUGGGCAAGUCGAAGGCCAUGGAAAUGGUUCUCACCGGAAACCAGAUCGACGCCCACCAGGCGGAAAGAGAGGGAUUGGUGGCGAGAGUCUACCCCGCGGAGGAGCUGGUGGACCAGGCCGUCGCGAUUGCGGCGAAGAUCGGCUCCAUGUCUCUCCCCGUGGCCCUCAUGGCCAAGGAGGCGACGAACGCGGCGUACGAGGGCACCCUCGCAGAGGGGUGCCGCCUCGAGCGCAGGAUGUUCCAUUCGUGCUUCGCCCUGGAUGACCAGAAAGAAGGCAUGGCAGCGUUUGCCGAGAAGCGGGCGCCGAAAUGGACCCACAAGUGAGCUAGCCGUAAGCAGCUCGGCAACAGAAGGGGUCGGUGGAGGCCGCACGUCCGUCACCACGUUGUUCGUCGGUGUGUAUGUAUGAGCACCCCGCCCGCUGCUUUUGUUGGGAGAAGACACAGAUAGGGAGGAAGGUUGUAGCCUAGCCACCCCGAUGUGCAGAGCCCGGGGGGGGGGGGUUGAGCAGAGGGGCGUCGUCACCUCAUGAAGCUCUGAGGGCUGCGUAUGUAUGUAUGUAUCCCGUCGAGGACACGGAAUAUGUGGGAGACCAGCGCCUGCCGUGGAGGUGUGCCUGUUGUUGUUGUUGUUGUUGUUGUUGUUGUUGUGUUUCAGCAGGAGGUAGAACAUGCAUGUAUGUACUGCUCGCCAGCGGGCAGGAUGGGGGUGGGUGUGACCGAAUGGUCCAUCCAGGAACGUUGGAGACGGGUGCUCGACAGCACCACCGGGAGAUGAGGCAGCGGGGCGGGGGUGGGGUGGAGAGACGUCUCCCAAGAGCCAAGCGCAAAGAGAAUAAACACCACGAGACGUAACAAAAUCAAAAGUUCAGUUUCGUGUGUGUGUGAUGCCAGUUCUUUGAUUUCAUGGAGAGGGGGAACAACUACUGGGGGUUUAUAUUAUACGUAUUUUUGUUUGUUGUUUCUGUCAGGUUUUGGUCAAAACGCGACCUUCGCAGGAAGAAGACUCGGCUCUUUUGGUGUCGUUGACUUGGCCGUGAGCGAACGCUCAAUCAAUCAACAAAGCAAACAUA